AUGGAGAGCCGUGAGUACGGCAAAUGGCGAAGGUCUGGCGUGGCAUUCACACCUCGGCAGGCCUCCUACCUUGCCUGCAAUCGUACUCUGGCCUCGGGACGGACCUUCUCCAGCGCCUCUGGUGAUCGCAACGCCCUGAUUGGCUAUUGGGGUGAUAUUAUCUGCUCUCCGUAUCUGGCCUUCGGCACAGACACUAGUCAGUGCCCCGAGUUGGGACGCUUUACGCACGGGGUGAAACUCUGGGGCGGGGCUCUGAUCUCAGAAGUGAAUGUGCGACGCCUGUUGUGGCAGGUCGUGCAUGGCAAGCCCUGCCCUCGAUCCAUUGCCUCUUCCCCCUACUCUGGCACACCGGAUGCAAACUCACGAGAUGCCAAGGGUGAGAGCUGCGAAACGAUCGAGGAGGAGGAGGUGGAGGAGGAGAAGGAUGAGAUGAAGUCUGAGGAGGAGGAGGGACAAAAUCUGGACGGAGGACAAUCAGAAAAAGAGAAGAAGGCUGAAGACAGCAAAAAUAACAAAGAGAAGGAGGACCCCAUGACACAAAGCGAUGUCGGCGGAGAAAAGUCAGAUGGCCAAAACGAGCUCCAAAACAAGCAGUCAGCUGGGUGUACCAGCUCGACAGAGGCGACCUCAGAGGCCAGUCUGACGCAGCAAAACGAAAAAGCAGACGGCGCAACCGAGGAGAACGUGGAACCGGCGGGAGAUCCAAAUAUGGAGGACGCAUCUGGUUCGGGCGAGUUCAGCAAAGACGGCCGAGCCGAAGAAGAUGAAACCUCUAAAACAAAUGGACUACCAGUUCCUCAGAAGAAUUCAACGGAGGUCAACAGUGAGGGAAAUUUAGAAGGUGGGUCGAAAACUUGAGAGUUCAAGAAAAUUAAGAUGGAUGCGUAGUUUAACUGGUGGGUCUGACGCAUAACAGCUUAAUGCGAGUCAGCAUUGAAAUUAGAACUACCUACUCAAGUGCAUGACAGUUAAAAGUGCAGAGAGGUAACGAUUAUGAUUAUAAUUUGGAGGGCACAAAGCAGUUUAUGACUGUUCAGACCAUCUUUUUAUCUAGUGCGUGUAUGUCAUUUGGACCUCUGGUUAGUAGGAGAGCAGGUCAAAAGGUCUGAAAGCAUGUGCUAUGCCAGCAUCAGCAAAUCGUGGCCCUCGCAGCCUAGUAUGCAGCCUCGUCCUUCUGACCCCUGUUGGGGUGUUGUUGGCGAAAAAUCCUGGUCAAGUGUUUGUUGUGGACCAGGGGGUGUGGUAGCACACCUAGGUGCGGGUCCAGCCGUGCCAGCCAUGUGCGCCUUCCUCGGCCUCGGGUCUUCUUAACUCUGUCUUGACACCGGGUCCAGAAGGGGAGUGGGGAGAGAGUGCGGUAGAUGCUGCGCAAGCCUACGUGCACCACAAACUAAGUAACGUGCGAGUCACUGGGUCUGCUUCAUCCUUCGUCGGAAUCGACGGCCUAACUCUUGUAGUAAAAAGGACUGGUAGUAAGACGGGGAACCAAGAACGAAGGAGUGUGACUGGCGACAGCUGAUGAGGGAUGUCCUAAAAUAACGGAGGUGGUCGCGUUUAAGAGAUAUGAAACACCGCAAGUGUAAAUAUUAUGCACAUUAUUGUACACAUAAACUCACAAGAUUGCACAAAACUCAGAGCUAGACUUAACAAGUCAUUUUUAGACUACUUUGCUCCAAUGUCAUUUAAUGCUUUCCAAUCAAAUAAAAAGUGCUGUUUGUGAACUGGGGUAUGCACUGUGCGGAUAUACUGGCUUGAAGAAUGAAAAAGGAAGAAAGCGAUACCUUGGACGGCGGCUCUUUUCACUUAGCGUUUUCAUUAAUAUACGAAGGCAGCGUGAAAAAUACCGAAAGAGGCUGCAUGUUAUUCUUAUAUGGGUUGACCUUCCUCGCACUUUGGGAAGCCGUCGAUCACCACCGCAGCCGCAAGCAGUGGCCAAGCGGAAGUUGGCAUGUAAGGCCUAUAUGACAUUUUCGUUUUUUAUUGCGACCGAUGAGAGCAUUACUGCCAGUAUAUAUAUACAUAUAUGUAUUCAAUCAGGAAUGGGCGCACACCGAUGUAUUGCAUUCCCGAAACAAGCAGGCUCCGUAUGGGUGGCAAAGAUCACGAACAGGCACCCAACUAUCAGGCUGAAGUCGGCCAAAUUAUACUAGCAGCGGGAGGGGACGACAGAGAAUACGCCCCUUCUCGCUGUUAUGUAUGUAUAUAUAUAUAUAUAUAUAUAUAUAUGUUGAAUAACCAAAGUAGUAUGCAUUCCGAGGUGGUAUAAUGAAAGGAGAAAACUCGUCGGAAAAAAAGGAGUUUUACUCAUACAUUUUCAAGUUAGUUGCACCAACCCGUCUCCGGCGAAAUGAAUAAGGAGGGGUGGGAUCGUCACACUGGUGUUUGAGGACGCACACAGAGAGAUAAGGAGACGACCUCGGCAGGGAGGUUGCAUCGUGUUGUGAUGGCCGCAGGAUGUGAGGAGAGGCGUUAUGGGUUUCAGUUGUGACUCACCGUGUGGGGGAGGGGAAGAAGGAAUGACAUGUCAGAGAGGUCCAAAGUGUCCGUACAUACAUGGACAGUAGUUGUUUUUAAGGUGGGUGCCAGUCAAUUCACUUCGAUCGGAGAUCCUCGUAGUGGACAGCUAGGUCAAUAUGAUGGUUGAGACUAUCCGCAUUGGAGUACCAAGCUUCGAGGAAUUUCCGCGCCUGUUCGGCGUUAGCCGUGACGACCAAUUCAGCACCCUCCCAAUUGAAACGGUGAUCACAAUCAAUGGCGUUCGCAAACACAAGAGAUAAAGAGUCAUGUCGGCGGAUAGAGAGUUUGUGCUCGUUAAUGCGAGUCCCAAGUUGUCGACCCGUGUGACCGAUAUAAACGCAACGGCAGUUAGCGCACGGGAUACGACUGAUGACGUUAUUUUGCUGUUCUCUGGGUAUGGAGUCCUUUACUCUGGCUAAUGCUGCGCUUAAAGAGGACGCCUAUUUGUGGGCGAUGGAAAUGCCAAACCGGUUUAAUUGACGGACAGUUGUUUCAGAAAUGUCUUGCAUUUAGGGCAAGGAAUAGUAUUUUCACUGUAUCAAUUCUCCAUUGGUACUCUAAUCUUGUGGUUGCCUCUGACGUCCGAGACAGUUUUUCAUGAAAUUCAUCGAAUAUCCGUUAGAUCGAAAUAGUUGACAUAAGUGGAUACUCGCUACUACAGUACCGAAAGGCGCCAAUUUCUGGCAAUUUCCGUCGUCAGCCAAACUUACCCAACCCAAAAUUUUAUGAUCCGCGAUUCAGACCCGGAAUAUUUUAUUACUGAAUUUCAGGUUAAACGCCUUACCAUUUUGUAUUUUUUUCAGUGGCCGAUCCAUAAAGUUGCCGGUAAUUUAAUGCGACACUGCUUUAGCUUAUCUUGCCUGUCAUUAUCUGACACUGCAGAUUAGGUAUUUAUUAAGUCAGGAAAGCAUGCGCACUGAUUUAUUAGCUCCAGGUAGGUGGCAAGUUUUAAAGUUGACCGGUAAUUACGUGGGGAGACUCAGACAACGGCCCUUAGAGGCUUAUUCAUAUUCUUUUCAUCAGGUCAUAUCUAUAAUCAAAACCUCUGAAUGUAUACACGGAAGUAUGCACAUACAAGGUGCAACCAGUUGAUAGAACGCUUGGUCACUUCCACCAACUUAUAAGAACAAUGUACCCUAAUGUUGGACGACGUGGGGGAUCAGAACCCGUGAAAGCGAGGCAUCAUCUUUUAUAUUUGGCUCCUUGCAGAUGCGAAAAACCUCUGUGAACUAUUCGAGGUUCAUUUCUUGCCAACAAACAGUUUCCCUGAGUUGUCAGUCCGCAUGGCUUCCCACUUUGCCGAGCCAGAACAGAAAAUCUCUCUGAUCUACAUCGCCUGCAGUAUGCUGCACCUUUUGGCAAGUCCCGAUCUAAGGCCACCAAAAGAAGUUAUCUCCCAAUCCAAUGGCCCGGAAGGAGAAUUCCACAAUGCUGGUCUUGUGGGCCUAACGACUCCGCGCUGUCAGCUUAUAAUUGAAUCCGUUUUGUAAGUACUGUUUGAGUUCAGCCUUUACUGGAAAGGUGUUUUCGAUAUUUCCAGACUGAAUGAGUUGACUUGUGCUACUCAUUUGUAAUGAGUAGACAUUAUUUCCUAAAUUCGAACCGUAGCAAGCGAUGAAACCUCCAUAGCCAGGAGUCUUGUGUCCUCGGACGGAGUCAAACGAAUCGAAAUUUGACACGUUUACAAAAUGUACCAGUUGCCGGUAUUCCGGAAGGCAGAUCGAUUCUGGUUUCUGUCGGUUCGAUCCGCCCAACGACACGGGCUUUGUCGCGAAGUCGUCAUUUCCAUUCACUAUAGUCUGCGUUGACAAUGUAACUACUGUUUGCAUUUAAAAGGGAUUUUUUGAGCUGAAAAUGGGCCAGCGUUCAGCACAAAAUGUUUGAUUUUUAUGCUUGACUUAGUGCCGACGGUAUGACGAAAAUGAGGCAAGAGCGCAGUAAGUGACUUCACUCUCGGAAAAAGGCUAGGUCAUCGGGGAAUGUUGCGUCCUCGCGGUUUUUAUAAUUGACGCUUCCGUGCUCUCGUAACCUGAUGGAAUGCUCUCUACUUCUUUUGUGAAAAUGAACAGGAAGAACUGUGAAAAAUGCUCGGCUUUUCUUGCAUUGCCAGAUAUCUUGAUAUCCCAUCGGUUUUUGGGGAUCGGGUUGCUGGUACAGUAGGUGGGCUAACUCAUGAAAUGUCAACCGGAAUUCCGAAAUGCGUUUUACUUUCGAAAAGAUUAAUUAAGUAGGGUUGUAACACUAACCAUUUUGCAGCAUAAUUUUGUAAUGAUUCAGUUACCUCAGGAUGCUGGCUUUCGAACGAACUUAUUUCUGUCUGCAUACAAAAGCAACACUGUAAAAAUGACUACUUAGGCAGCGUACAUUUUACUCAUUGAUUUUCGAUGCCCUUAAAUGUUCAAUCAUAUUUCACGGAAAACAUGCAGAAAAAUAUUCAAUCUUUUGUGGUAGCGAAUAACGCCUUCUUCCAAUAUUAUACUCGAAGGAAGUGUAUAAUUCGGUUUUCAAGAACCUUUUUUAAUUCCCUAGUAAUUUUGAACCAGACUUGCCGUUACACCUGCAUUCAGGGUUUCCAAACUACAAGCUGUAUAUUUUCCGUGUACAGAAAACCAUACGUCUCUCUACGGUAUUAAGAGGAGACUAUAUAAGGUUCAUAAAAUUUAGCAGUGGAUUUGAUCUAUAUUGUUAACUUUAGAAGCCACAUUGGUAAAUGCAGAGACAUGACGUUUUAUAAACGGCCAUUUAACGGUAUUAAGAAAUCUCACAGUUAGAAACAUUUUUAAGACCAAAUUAUAUCCUUCCUUUGAGUAUAUGAUUUGAAGAAAACGUUAUUUUCUACCAAGUGGGCAAAAGAAUAUUUCUAUGCAUGUUUUCCAUGCGAUGCAAUUGAAUUUUUAAGGGCAUCGAAAGUCAAUGAGAAAAAUCCAUGCUACGUAAGUAGUCAUUUUUUACAAAGUAUAGUUUCUGCAUGCAGCCGAAAAGAUGCUCUUUCAAAAGCCGACAUCCUGAGGUAAUUGAAUCAUUGUAGAAUUAUACUGCAGGAUGAUUCGUUUUACAAUCCUACUUACUUAAUCUUUUCGAAACGAAAAUGUACUUCUGAAUUUCGGUUGACAUUUCGUGAGUUAGCCCAUCUUACUCUACGUGUGCUCCUUAGGAAGUAGCUGUGGAGAACUUUAGGUCAAGGGCACAAUAUGACCCCUCAACAUUUAGCUGAAUGUUUACCUACCAUCGUGCUCUCCUUUUCACCAUUUAGCCCCACCCAUAAAACCCGUAUUGCACGAUGGCCUGGUUUUUUUUCCCUGCGUGGGGUCGCAUACUGCGCCCUUGCCGAAAAUAAUUCCAUACUUGCAGAGGACUUAGAAAUUUUGUUGUCUAAGUUGAAGUUCAUCUGGACUUGGUUCUAGUCGAUGAUCCAUUUCUCCCGUGAAUUUCUGGAGAAAAAAUAGACGAUAAUACACAGGAAAUAAUUUUGCGAAAUGUCAUGGCUGUACAGACGCAACUCGGUCCAGUUUGGUAACUUUCCCAUUUAUUGACUGUCGGUCUGGUAUUUCCCGGCAGAAGUCGAAUUCUUGAAGUUCUGCAGCACAUCUACCUAGCUUGUAGUUAGGAAGGCGGACAGUAAUGGCGUAAUCGUUUGCAAUUAUUUUUGCAGCAAACUACUUUAUAUAGAACCCGCGUCACAAUAUUUAAAUUUUAUUCCAAACCAUAUGACUGAUAUGGAUAUCGGUUUUUACUGUCCGGGACUAUGACUGGGGAGCCGCCGAUGUUCAUACCGGUGCGCUUUACUUAAUUUGACCUGAUGUUUUCCACUUCAGCAUGAGGUUACUCGGGUCUCUCUCUAAAAACUCAUGUAUUCAAUCUUAGAUUGUUCUUGAUACCGAGAAUCCGAGCGUCACGAACGACGAUAUUCAUCUUGGGCCUCGCAGCAUAAUGAACUCAGGGACGAAUUAGUUUAUUUUGGUGGCCGACUUGCACAGUAUCUGCCGCACUAUCUCAUUGGAUCUGAUGAAAAAAAUAAACCAGAACAACCAGAUGUGCGGUCGGGAUCGUUUUUGACAACAUGUUGCAUGACACCUUUGGCAGCUGCUAGUGAACUUCUGGAACGAUGCAAUCCGUCCAGUUUUAAGUCGCCAUUCCUUAGCCGAUUUUCAUAAGCGCUCUGCGGCCAAAAUGCUACCUUUGCUCAUUAUAUUACAUAUACUGUUUGUUGUCCCAUCUGCUUUGUAAUCCAAAAAGAAUACGGCAGGGGAUUCAACUUACGAGUGGUUCUCGUCUAUGUAUUAAUACUGGUGUUGUCUUGUUUUUCGAAAUAUAUUCAUUCCCCAUUAAUAUUGAAUACGCCCGGAAGUUAUUGACCUACCGUCAGUUCUCUACAGAUCGACAAGUCACAAGUGUCUGCACAUGAUGUCCGUAUUAGAAGGCAUAUCAACGGGUGUAAAAACUGAUGAAAUGUUUCAAUUGUGUCUAGUCUGGUGUGGUGACUUGACUUAUGACUAAGGCCAUGGUUUCUAUUCGGUCACCUGCGCAAUUCGGAGCCCAUUGCGUACAGAAAUCUGCACCGGUAAAGGUCAUUGCCGUGCCUGUGAUUCAUGGGUUUGAUGAUGGAUGCUUCCAAGCUGGGCUGUACCCUCAGGGUCGGACGCAAAACGAGUUGAUGUAACGACAGGUGAAAAUGAGGACAGGGCAAGUCUACGAUCAAAUAACUCUCAAACGGAUGGUUUCUGUAAGGACUUUUGGCGUAUGAACAGAACUCGGGGUAUGUACUUUGGUCUGGGAGGCUCAGUACAUUGACAAAGUUAGGGCCCGAGUGGCACGCGAUCUACUUUUAGGGUUUUCACUCUCCUGCAUCGCGGAUGCUUUACAUCCCUUACAGACGAGUUUUUCUCCCAGAUGGUCCAUGAUCUACUGUUGUUGUUGUUUGUUUCAUUGUCAACUGCGGGUUUGCAUACGCUGUUUUGUGACAUAGCCAGCAAUCAGAUUUGGUACUUUCACGGCAGCAAAUUUGUCGCGCGACAUUUACCUUGCCCACAGACUGGACUUACCCGACUUAUCACAGCACAUGCCGCUUUUACCGGAAGAACUAUUUUGCCCGAGUUCCUUAACUUGCUGCACAUUUUUGAUACCUCCACCCCCUAGGUACAUUGUUGAUCUCCGGCCGAAUCAGGUGGAGGCCUACGUAAAGCGGGCGACCGAAAUGGCAGCCGAUGUUGGAUUCAAGGUGAGUGGGGCUGGAGGCGCAUGA